ACAAAACUCUUGAGUAUUUAGUAAACAUACGUGUUUGGGUGACCCACGAUAACGGGCACCCAACAAUAGCGCUGUACAGUUUUCGUUACACUCAGUUGGCCACUCACCAUGGCGUUCUUAAGAUUUCUGCUCCUCAUCCUUGCAGUUUUAUUUUUAUCAACUGACUGCCUUUCCAAGAUAGUUCUACCACAUAAACUGCGAUACUUGGAGAACAUGUUAAAUGCUGAGGUGGUAGCUAAAGCAGCGAAGAUACGACAGCGGAUGGAAGCUAAUCCGAACAUUCCUGACAUGGACAAAGGCUGGCCCAUGCUGUUGGGUCAGUACCAAGCCGAUGACAAGAGUAACGUCAACAGUAUACCCAAGAACAUUUAUCCAAACUUAUACAAUAGACGUAUGCCGAACUUUUAGCGAUAAUUAGGCUUACAGUUAUUGUAGGUACCAUAUUAAGAUUAGCUUUAAUGAAUUAAAUAUCAGACUACAA